AUGUUACCAUUAUACCUAUUAACAAAUGCUAGAGGACAACAAUUAAGUGUUGAAUUGAAGAGUGGUGAAAUUGUAGAAGGUGUGUUAACCAAUGUUGACAAUUGGAUGAAUCUAACUCUGUCUAAUGUCAAGGAAUAUAGAACCUCAUUGUUAGUUGAUGGAUCUAGUACUGACCAAACUGUAAAAGAAGACGUGGAGAUUCUUACUAUGAAAGAAAUCUACUUGAAGGGUAUCUAUAUUAAAUAUAUUAAGUUACAAGAUAAUAUUAUAGAUAACUUAAAACAACAGAUACAUAACAACCAACAUAAUAGGGAUUCAAACAAUAGAGAUUCUAGUGGUAAUAGGAAUUAUCAUAGAGGUGGAAACAGAUAUAACAGAGAUGCUAGACAUUAUGGGGGACAAUAUCAAGGAAGCAAAAAACAUUAUAAGAGCGAUAUGAAUAGAAGAAAUUAUAAUCAAAAUAAUAAUAGCAGCAACAACAGUCAUAGUAAUACUAAUAUUAAUGGAAGUGGCCGUCAAUAUCAUAAUCAAAUACAACCAAAUGAUUCUAUUCCACAACCUAAUAUUAAUGGUAUAGGUGGAUAUGUCCAAUAUCAUGGUAUAGAUAUUAAUACAAAUAACAACAAAAAUAUUGAUUCAGAUCGUACAAUAGAAUUCUAA